AUUUUUAUUUAAACAGUGAAUAUUAUUACCUGUCCAGGUACAUACAAAUUAUUAUUUUAUAUUAUUUAUAUUUUUCUUGUGAAUAAUGGCGGAAAAGGUUCCAUUGGUUAGAUUCAAUAAUGGAUUAAAUUGUCCUAUUUUGGGAUUGGGCACGUGGCAGGCAAUACGCGGCGAAGAAAGCAAGGUCUAUGAGGCUGUUUGUGAUGCUAUUGAUAUAGGCUACCGGCAUAUUGACGGUGCCCAUCUCUACGGUAACGAGAAGGAAGUUGGGCAAGCGAUUAAGGAAAAGAUAAGCCAAGGCGUGGUCAAGAGGGAAAACCUUUUUGUAACUUCCAAACUAUGGAAUACAUUUCAUAGUCCGGAUUGGGUUGAGACGGCAGUGAAACUUUCUUUGUCCGAUCUCGGAUUGGAAUACCUCGACUUAUAUCUGAUACACUGGCCAAUGGCAUAUAAGGAAGGUUAUGAUCUAGAACCUGUAGAUGAAAACGGUAAAACAAUAUUUUCUGAUGUAGAUUACGUCGAUACAUGGAGAGCGAUGGAAAAAUUAGUUGAAAAAGGCUUAGUAAAAAGUAUUGGAGUCAGUAAUUUUAAUACGAAACAGAUUGACCGUGUUUUGGAAAUAGCCAAGAUUAAACCCGUCACUAACCAGGUGGAAGUACAUCCAUAUUUAUAUCAGCAAAAAUUAUAUGAUUUCUGUAAUACGAGAGACAUAGUAUUAACAGCAUAUAGUCCACUCGGUAGUCCUCAGCGACCUUGGGCUCAGGCUGAAGAUCCUAAUGUUUUGGAAGAUCCUGUAGUUAAGAAGAUAGCUGCCAAGCACGGUAAAACACCUGCUCAGGUUAUUAUCAGGAGCGCCGUUGAUCGUGGUAUAAUUGUUGUACCAAAGUCUGCAAGUAAGAAACGCCUUGCGGAAAAUUUCGAUAUAUGGGAUUUUAAAUUGAGUAACGAUGAUCAGAAAGAGAUUAGCAGACUAGAUCGCAACUUCCGUGUCAUACCACAUGAUCAUGGUCGGGAGCACAAAGAUUAUCCUUUUUCUCAAGAGUAAUAAAUGAAGAUAUUAUAACAGAAUACCUACCUGUUAAAAAUGGCGUAAUAAACUUAGUAUUAGUGUAUAUAAAUUAUAAGGAAACAGUUCGAACAAUAUCAUUUAAUAUUAUAAGUAAAUAUUUGAUACAUACUCAUUUAAAGAUUUAAAUUAUCAACCAAGGGAGAAAGCGAGGACUGUGACUGGGUUGUCUAAAAAUAAAAUAAGGUAAUACUUAUUCUAUGCUACAUGACUAAUACAAGGACCUAAGGCAUCUAAAAUUUUUGUAAAUGUCCAGAAUUCUAAAUGGUUAGUUUGCAUGUGUUUCUGCAAUAAAUUUAUUCCAAUAUUAUUUAA